GUAAAUGGUAAAGAAAUGGAAGGGUUGUCACCAGAAGGCGCUGAGAGCAACAACGACAGCACAGCGGGGAAACACGAGGCCGGUUGUGCUCCCGCCGCGCAGAACAGGCUUUGCGCGUCCGAGUUCCGUCAGGCCGGCGGCGCAUGCGCGGGCUGCUCGGGCGUUCCCGUGGAUGCAGGCAGGGGAAUUGAAAGUGAGGAAGGGAGCUGCAGAAUGUUGUGUGUCAGAACCGCCCUGGUCGUCGUGUUCCUCGCCUCCCUCAGGCUGCCUGGCUCGGCCGGCAAAGAUUGCUCAGAUUUCACAAGUACAUCUUGUGACGAAUGCUUGGAAAAUAUUGAUUGCCUUUGGUGUUUUGAUGGAGAGCAAUGCAUGAAUUAUCCAGUUGACGCUAUUAUUCCACCUAGUUCACUAUGUCCUUUACGUGACGCUCGUUGGGCAGUUUGCUGGGUGAACUUCGAAAUCUUGAUCAUUAUGAUAUCCAUUGUUGGGGGACUUAUUCUGCUGCCUUUGGUGUGUUGCUGCUGUUAUUGCUGUUUCAAGCUCAAACCAUGUUGUUGCCGAAAGAAAUCACACCGUCUUGAUGAAGAGGAAUUGCGCCUGGCCAGGCAGCGAGGGGAGAGGAAACGACGCUCUGAGCAAAGAAAAUCAGAUAUGAAUGCACGUUACGAAGAAAUCCGCAAAAAAUAUGGUCUUUCUCAGAAUUCUGAACCCGUCUUUCAAAGGUUUGAGAAUGAAUAGAGUUUUGAAGUUCAGCCGGACUUUGAAGACUGCCUAAAUGGAUUUCAGUGGUGUCCAUCUGUUGUUUCAAUAUUUAGUUAAUACUUACAUAAUUUUAUACUUGUAUUUAACAAAUACAUCUUGCUACACCCUUCAGGGUACUAGGACUAUUACCACUAGAUGUUAAGUCAGAAUCAAAUUAUGCAGCCAAAAGAAAUUAUGAGAGCUGUCCACCACAGGAAAGGAGGUAUGGUUCAGACCAUGGAUUUAUUGUAGCAUUCGUUACAUCGUUUGAUGUACUAAUGAAAAGAAAAUACUUAAAGCAUUGAUUUUUUACAUAGGUUAUAACAUCAUAGUAGUUAAAUUAAGACAUUAAAAAUUAAUACAAAAAAGUACAACUAUAAAGGUAAAAAGUAAAUUAUAAUUUAAAGAAAAUAAAGAAAGCACUGAAAUUAAGCUCAACUACUUAAUUGUGUAAAGUAACAAAGUUUAGAAGUCAUUUGUCCAUAAAAUUGGUCUUGAACACUGAGGUGGAGAAACUCUGGCAUUUCUUCCUGCCCAGUAAGCUCUUAAGCGGUGCAGCUGAGUUCUCUUUACGAAAAGUUGUAUCUGGACCUUACCAACAUCAGCAAAUUAUUCAUAAAAGCAGUCCGUCUACAUUGGAAUAGUUUAUUGCAAAUUCAAUCCAAAAAUUGUUAUGUCUGAUCUUAGAGUUUCCAUAUGCAUAAAUGUCCUGAAAAUGUGGCCCAGGGUUUUCUUUGUCAUCCAGCAGUGCCCACAAGUAUUUAUCUUUCUACAUCUAGGCAGGCCAAGAUUACUUUUAAUGGGGUAAGUAUUUGAUACUUAAAACCAGAUAUGCUGAAUUGCUAAAUUAAGUUGUUUAUACGGGAUAUGACGCUUUAUCCAAUUGUUCUUAAAGUAUGUUAAACUGACCAUCUGGGGCUGUAAUCAUUCCAAAUAGUAAUCUUUUUGCAAAAUAACACUGACAAAAUAUCAAUAACACUGUCAACCAAAUCAUUCACCAUACUAAUAAUAAUCACAUCUUUGAGAUUAAUACCCACUUAAUCAAACACAUAGAAGGUCAGGCCAUUACUCACGUUAUUUUAAUUUCCUUUUUAAGUCAAGGAUCUACACUUGAAAAAUGAACAUUCCUAGUCCUCAAUCAGAAGCUUUCCAGUGUGAAAUUCUAUGAUAGUUACAGCUCAGCAAAUGUAAGAACUUUUUGAUAGAGUUUCUAAUAGUGAGUUUUAAUUAAGUAUUCUUUGAUGCCUUACAUAAAAUCAGCAAGUAAUAAAAGUAAAGAAUUAGAAAUUCUAUAAAAAUUUCUAUUAUCUGCAUGGGCUGUCACCUGGCCUUUGACAAAUUGUGGGACCAUCUAACUUCUUCAACCAACUAUUGAAUCUAGUCAAAUGCACAGAUCUACACAGCAGCCCAAAUAUUCAAAACAACUCGGAACAUUAAAAAGACAAGUUCAAUAUUAAUAAUUUUCUAAUUCUGAACAGCAUUAAAAAUAAUGUCAUUUUUGAGUACAGUGUAUUGUGGUUAACUGGGACACGUCAGGACCAGUACAUUUUGGCCCAGUUAAACAGCUGCCUCAAUUAGCUGAAGUUUCAUGGAAAUAGUUAAAAAGGUAUUUAAAAAAAAAGACAAACUGAAUAACAAAUUAGGUAUUUAAAUUAAAUGCAGAACAGAUUGGAAACUACCAAUUAGUACUAUAGUACUAUAAAACUAUAUUAGUUCCUAACAGUUAUCAAUGGAGGAAUUCAUCUUGUGUACACUGUCACAUUCUUUUGACCAUAAAUAAACCAAUUCAAGACAUCUCGUGCAGGUAAUGGACUGUCUUCAUAGAAUGUAGUCGACGAUUAAAUCCUCCAAAUCUUCAUUUUCAUUGCAACUUGCAAGAUGAUUGUCGAUACCUUCAAGUUCUUUGUAGAUGCUAACUUGUUGAAGUAGUCAAAUUGAUAAAUUUCCAUCCAUUCCCAGCCAUCAUUGGUAUCUCCAAGCCUGAAAGCUUGAAACCGCAGCGAGCAAAACAGUUCUGAAUUGUCUUGCUGCUUAUUUCUUGCCAACUGUUAGUGACAGAAAUCACUGCUUUAUGAACACAAAUAUACUACACAACUGAUGCUAUUUUAAAAACUAUUCAUUAAGUAUGAUGUAGUGUCAAAUGGCCACAUAAGUGUGCACGACUGGUGCUAGUUAGAACCUGUUCGGCAACAGUCUCCUGCCAUGUUUAAGUGGCAUAGUGUCCCAAAUAAACAAAUGGAAGCCCGGCAAUUUUCUUGUUGAGUUUUUGUACUUUAAGAGUUGUGCCAAAGUAGUACAGCCUAUAUCACUAUGAUCUAGAUGAGAAAUAUACAUCCAACUUUCUAAACAAUAGAAUUAAAGGUCUGUGACUUCAUGAAAUGAAAUAGGUGAAAGUGAGUCACCUUACUUGACCCCCUGUUAAUCGCAAUGGGCUCGGUUUUAGCUUUAUUUCCACUGGAUAAGUCAAGUUUGUCAAGUCAGUAUGUCCAUAACAAGACUAGUAAAAUGCUUAUUGACCUCUGUAUGACCCAAAACUUUACAAUUUGCUUGUGUUCCAUGGAGUUAAAAGCUUUUACGAGGUCUGGAAAAACAAAUGAAGAUUUUUGCAGGUCCUGUUAGUCCAAAUAUUAACUUAAUUUAAAUGGUUAUGUUUUGGUUGUAUUCAAUGGUAUAUAUACUGUAGCUGUUAAACAAAAAUUUUCACAGCCUGCACUAGUAGUUUGGCUAAUAUCUUGAUUCACAGUCCUGAGGAAAAUGGAAUAGGUCUUUAAUAAUUGACGUUCUGUAGUUUAACAGAGUUUUCAGAUUUGGGAAUUGGAAUUCUCAGACUCUCAUUGAUUUUAUCAGGUACUUGUCCUAUUUAAUCUAAGAAGAUAAAAUUAUCUCUGCUCUGAUAUCUUGACCUCCAUUUUUUGUGCCCACCUUCCCAGAUCAGCAGCUGUAUCAUUUUUAAAACUGCCAAAGGUCUCCCUGGGCCACACUGACUGCCACUAACACAUUUUCAUUCCUUGAACUGGUGGGAUGCGAGCUGAACCAGACAUUUGUUUAUUUGUUAGAAGUCACAAACCAAGACACAUAAAGCUCUAAUUUCUAAAGGACCUGUGACAUUGACUGGACCUCUAAUUCAUUAACUGGACCUUAAAUUCUGCAUGAUCAUAGACUCAUCAAUAACUUCUAGCAGGUCCACUUAGAUAACAAAUUAUUGCCCCUAAGUAACUAUCUGGAGGUAAAACCAAACAGUGAAAAAUUAUAUUUCAUUAAAGAUGAUAGGUAUCCUGUUGGUGGGUGAGGCCACUACCCUCUUUGAUCUUAGUUAUAACAAAAGGAAGUUAACAAUUUCUGUAUUAGUACUUAGUUCCAAUGAAAGCUCUUAUUUGAUGUCAUGUUUGCAUUGCAAAUCUUAAGUAUUAAAACCCUGAAAUAUUGAUGAACUGACAGUUAGAAAUAUAACAAAUUGCCUUUUUAAAGUUAGAUAUACUUCUAUACUUCUGAUUUCCAAAAUCAGGUGUUGGUGGUUGUAUAUUUUUAACAAAACCAACAAUUAUAUAUUUUCAGCAGAAUGAUAAUUGUGAUGAGUGUAUUUUUAAAUAUGUAUCUUAAUUUUCUUUCUACAGUAUUGAUUGUAUAAGAAUUAAAACAUUGUAUUCUUGACUUUAUUUCAAUAUUGCACACUUGAUGUUUUAAAAAGCAUAGGCUGCAUUUGAUUAUUUUUGCCAUGUAAUAUAGUUUAUCAAUGCCAAAAGCUUAGUUAUACUCGUAUUUUGUAGAGGUGGAUAGUAUCACAACUGGACUAUUUUCAGAGUUAUAUACUUUGUAUAUAGGACAAAGUCAUAUUGGAGUCUUGGUAAUCAUGAAGAUUGUGAAUUUAGUUGCAAACAAAAAGGCUUAUUGAAAAUUGCACUACAGUAAUUAACAACAUAUCAGAAAUGGACUGGUUAAAAAUGUGUUUAUCACCAUAACACAACAUGUAUUAUGAAUAUUGGUAUCUACUUUUAAAGAAUUAAAUGGUAUGCAUUUGUCAUAUAGUUAGGUUAUUUGGAAAAUUACAUUAGACAGAAUACGCGCAUUUAGGCAUUUCAGAUUCUCAGAAUUUUUUUAAAUUUUGUCAACAAAAAGCAUAUUACAUUGUUUUUUCUCUGGUAGAAAUCAAAUAGGUGAUUUGUUAGUAACAUCUAUAAAUGACAAAAUAAAUGAUUAAUUAAACAGAUGUUUCUUCACAUAUGUAGACCUAUUCCUUUUCAUUAUAAUAACAUUAAAUAUGUACAAAAUACA